AACUAGAGAUCAGGUUCAAUUCAACCACUAGCCAGCAUUGAACAUAUAUACAUACUUUAUACAAUGUGACAUUUAUUUUCUAUAUAUUUCUUUGAAUUUCAAAUACAGCUGGAGUGUUAUUUGUCCUUAACAACCUUUCCUUUUAAGCACACCAAACCAAAUUUCUAACCAUAUAUUUUUUCCUAUACCCUAACCUUUGGGACUCUUCAUCACUUCUCUAUCUAUUUCUCUCCUACUUUUACAUGUUUUAGUGAGCAUGCCUGAAUGUCCAGAGAAAGGGAGAGAUUAUUUGACGAAAUAGGAAAGAAGAGGGAAGGAGAUGAUUCUUUUCAGAAGGGAAGAAUGUUAGGUCCUUCUGGAACACUAAAUACAACUACUCCUUGCGCUGCGUGUAAGCUUUUGAGACGAAGGUGUGCACAAGAAUGCCCUUUUUCUCCAUAUUUCUCUCCUCAUGAGCCUCAGAAGUUUGCUUCUGUCCACAAAGUCUUUGGUGCUAGCAAUGUCUCAAAGUUGCUAAUGGAGGUACCUGAGAAUCAAAGAGCAGAUGCAGCAAAUAGUUUAGUUUAUGAAGCUAAUGUAAGACUAAGAGAUCCAGUUUAUGGAUGCAUGGGUGCAAUUUCAUCUUUGCAACAACAAAUUCAAUCAUUAUUAGGUGAACUUAAUGUUAUAAGGGAAGAAAUACAUAAAUACAAACUCAUGGAAGCUAACAUGAUUCCUUCUUCAGAAGAUUUAUCAAUUGCUAGUAGUACCCUACCAUCUACAACAUCACUACCUAUGCUUCCUUCUUCCAUUUACACACAACAAACAAAUCCUACCAAUUAUAGCUCAAUUUCAAGUGAUCAUAUUUCCUAUUUUGAUUAAAUUUGCAAACAAAAUAUAACAAUAAUAAUUUUUUAUUGAUGAUAUAAGAAGAGAAAACUAAAGUCAUAGGUUUGGUUUAGUGAUGAGGAAUUUGUGUAAAAUGCAAGAGAUUCUGAGUUCGAUCAUCUGCUCCAUUGUAAGCCCAAAACAACAAAGACUCUUAUUUAGUUAUGGGAUGUAUAAUUUGUUUUUGUUUUUUUGUACUAUAUAU